CAUCGCUUUGGAGUAACCAGGAUCGAGAGGGAUCUGUAGUGGCAGGACAACUAUUCUCAUUGGAUUAAAUACAUCCAAUUCUUUGACAUUUUUAUUACACAUAAUACAUAGAUGUUUAUUUGGUGACAGCAUAUAUUUCUCAUGUAGGGAUUUUGUUAUUGACACAUGCCGCUGUUGCAUUUCUGCACAACUCAGCUCUCUGUGUGAGCCGUCGGUCUGUCAUUACAGUAUCUACAGUUUAUAGCCAGUAAUAAAAACAUCUACCUUGACCCACCGAUCUAAUUUCUGGACUCUCAUCACUGCAUUCAAGAGAUGGACGAAGACAAUCAAAUACCUGAGGAUCUCUCGCUGGAAGAGAGGGAUGAGCUGUCAAACAUCCGGCGGAGAAAGAGAGAGCUGCUGGAUGAUAUUGAGCGCUUGAAGUUUGAGAUAGCUGAAGUCAUGACUGAGAUCGAGCAACUAACGUGUGUAGGAGAGAGCAAAAUUACACAGAGGAACAAACAGAUUGCCAUGGGGAGGAAGAAAUUCAACAUGGAUCCUAAGAAGGGGAUCCAGUUUCUCCUGGAAAACGACCUUCUGCAGCACACCCCAGAAGACAUCUCUCAGUUCCUCUACAAGGGUGAGGGCCUGAACAAGACUGUCAUCGGAGAUUACUUAGGGGAGAGAGAUGAGUUUAACCUCAAUGUACUACAGGCGUUCGUAGAGCUUCAUGAGUUUGCUGACCUCAACCUCGUCCAGGCCUUAAGGCAGUUCCUGUGGAGUUUUCGUCUACCUGGUGAGGCUCAGAAGAUUGACCGGAUGAUGGAGGCGUUUGCCUCGCGGUACUGUGGCUGUAACCCUGGGGUGUUCCAGUCAACAGACACCUGUUAUGUGCUGUCGUUUGCCAUCAUUAUGUUGAACACCAGCCUGCACAACCCCAAUGUCAGAGACAAGCCCCCUGUAGAGAGAUUCAUCUCCAUGAACAGAGGUAUCAACGAGGGAGGAGACCUGCCAGAGGAACUACUCAGGAAUUUAUUUGACAGCAUAAAAAAUGAGCCCUUCAAAAUCCCAGAGGACGAUGGCAACGAUCUGACACAUACGUUCUUCAACCCUGACCGAGAGGGAUGGCUACUGAAACUAGGUGGAAGAGUGAAGACCUGGAAGAGACGGUGGUUCAUUCUGACUGACAACUGCCUGUACUACUUUGAAUACACAACGGACAAGGAACCUCGUGGGAUCAUUCCUUUGGAGAACCUCAGUAUAAGAGAGGUGGAUGAGCCCAGGAAACCUAACUGUUUCGAGCUCUACAACCCCAACCACAAGGGUUCGCUGAUCAAGGCGUGUAAGACUGAGGCGGACGGCCGGGUCGUCGAGGGCAACCACACAGUGUACAGGAUAUCAGCGCCCACCACAGAGGAGAAGGAAGAGUGGAUCAAAUCCAUCAAAGCAAGCAUCAGCAGGGAUCCUUUCUAUGACAUGCUGGCAACCAGGAAGCGGAGAAUAGCCAAUAAGAAGUGAGGAGGAGCGCCUGGCCACACCCUCCCCAUCAUCAGUGACACCAGCAUAGACCCCGGUCUGUCCAGGAGACCAGGGGGGUCUCUUUCACUCAGCCCAGGGACAGGACACAUGGCUAGACUGCCACAGCAGAGACCAGGGUAAGGGGAUCCAGAUGUAGUGGGGAAUUGACUUUGGAUGCUACACCUCUCCACUUCAUCAGUAUGGAUAAAGGACAAGAUGGGGAAGGGCACUUGAUAUUUUGGUCAUCAAUUUCUUUUCAGAUGUAUGUGUGAAUACAAUUCACACAACUGUAAAUUCUAUGAAGUGUGAAUGCACAGUAUUGUGAGGACACAAUGAGAAACAGUAUGGUCUGUGCUUCGUCAGCCAUAUAA